AUGACUGAUUCUUGCAUUGGAUGAAGGUGAGUUGUGCAGGAUGGAGAAGCAGGGCACGUGCAUUACUUUAUACCAUUCACCAUUUUUCAUUCUGUUUUCGUUUUUAGUAUGAGUUGAUCCCAAAUAUUGAACAUAUACAUGGAUUGUUCUUCAUGUGCUCAUCUUCUCCAUCAUGCCUAGCUCUCCUGCAAAUUAAGCGAAGAGUAAAGUGGCAAUUUAUAUUUGAAACAGAUAAAUACACUUAGGGCUUCACAUUGGAGAGGCAGAAGGACAGUUGAUGUGCCCAAUCAAAGUUAUGGAGUGCAAAAUUUGUGCACGCAAAUGGGAGUAAAGGGCAUGCUGGACAUCAUUCCUCCUGAACACAUCAUGAGUAUUUGUUUAAGCUAACACUGAAGUAUCUAUAAUCUUCUGUUAAUCACUGCCGUGAUUAUGAUAAUUGUACACAGAAUCAUCUAUAAAUCUUCAUAAUGGCCAAAAAGGAACCACAUAUCAAGAUUGCACUCCAUUCAUUUUGCCACCGUCACCUUCUCAGCCCCCAUAAAUUCACCACCAGCCCAUUUCCGCCACCUCCACAUUCAUUCCUCAACCAUGUCCUUUUCUUCUUCUUCUUCACUUCAAUGGCUGAGUUUGGUCGCCACUAUAUGGCUCCAAAUCUUCAAUGGACCCAACACCGACUUCCCGGUGUACUCGUCGGAGCUCAAGGACCUCAAGUCCAUCUCCCAAGUCGGCAUCAACUUCCUCGCCUUUGCCUCCGAUGCUGGGAAGCUCUUCGGCUGGUUUUCCGGCCUCGCGGCCAUCUACCUUCCCCCGUGGUCGGUCGCUGCCACCGGGGCCGCCCUCGGGCUACUGGGGUACGGCCUGCAAUUCCUCCUCCUAGACCACCCAAAGUUUUCCUACGCCCACAUCUUCGCGCUCACCGCGGUGGCCGGCAACGGCAUUUGCUGGAUCAACACCGCAUGCUACCUCGUCUGUAUCAAGAACUUCGCCGCCGAUAGCCGCCGCGUCGCCGUCGGCCUCUCCACGAGCUACGUGGGACUGAGCGCCAAGGUGUUCACGGUCAUGGCCGGUGCAAUAUUCUACCGAAAGUCACACCACAAGGCCAAGCACUACCUCCUCCUCAAUUCCAUCGCCCCUGUUUUAGUUUCUCUCAUCGUGGCACCCUUCAUGAGGUUCAUUCUUCCCUGCAAAAGCGUUUCAAAUUUGAGCCUCGGAUUCAUAGCCAUGUUCACGAUCACAUUAGCGACCGGAAUUUCCGCAAUAAUUGGCACCAUCGGAUCGACUUCCCAAGGCUUCGCUAGAGAGUACUCUUUAAGCCUUGGUGUUCUAUUAGCCUCGCCUUUGGUGGUGCCGGUUGCCAUGAAAUUUAAGCAUGCCAUGGAAGAGACCUUGCGGAACGAGAAGGAGAAUAGAAUUCAUGAUCUCGACGACGCUGAAACCGGGGAGAUAAUUGAGGACCUGCAGGUGAAAGAAGAGGACGACGACAAGGAAGAAUCAGAGGAGGGAGUUGGCGGCGUUCAAAUUCUAAGAAAGGUGGACUUUUGGUUGUACUUUUCCAGCUACUUGUUCAGCGCAACUCUUGGCUUGGUCUUCUUAAACAACCUGGGACAGAUCGCCGAGUCCCGUGGACUUCCACGAGAGGAGACCUCCACCUUGGUCUCCUUGUCCUCCUCCUUCGGUUUCUUCGGCCGUCUCUUUCCGUUUCUGAUCGACUACUACUCCUCGAAAAGGAGCUACGUGAUUUCAAGGCCGGCAUCGAUGGCAACUCUCAUGGCCCCGAUGGCAGUGGCCUUCUUCGUCCUCUCCAACCCGACUAGGCUGUCAUUGUACAUGAGCACGGCAGUCAUCGGAGCGUUCACCGGCGCAAUCACUUCGAUCGCGGUCUCCGCUACCACCGAGCUAUUCGGGACCAAACACUUCGGCAUCAACCACAACAUCGUCGUCGCCAACAUUCCUCUGGGCUCCUUCGUGUUUGGGUACCUCGCGGCUCUACUUUAUCAAAGAGGAAGCGAAGAAGGGAGCCGUAGUUGCAGAGGCACUGCUUGCUACGGCAAGACCUUCCUCAUUUGGGGCACCACUUGCUCCUUGGGAUCACUUCUCUGCACAAUUUUGUACGUGAGAACAAGAAAAGUUCGCUGAAAAACGAAUAUAAAGCCAUACGUAUAUAACUUUUACAACUCCCUGCUCGAUCGCAGAUUGCACAUACUGUUAAUUAAUUAUGGCAAGUUGAAUUCAUUGAUCUUGUGAUGAA